AUGCAUGUUCUGGGCCUGUGCCUGCCUGUGGACGUCCAGCCUGUCUUUGUUGCUGGGGCAGCUGCUGGGGAGCUGGGCAUGGGGCAGCAGACAGCAACUCCCUGGGAUGGGAACAGCCCCAAGAGGCUGGGGAUCCAGUGUCCUCUAUUCCUGCUUCCACGGCGGACCCUAUGGCUGAAACCUCGAAGGGUUGGCAGGUGGCUUCUGUGUGCUUCAGCUGAAAGGCUCCACCAAAAUGAUAGGGAAGAAACAGAACCUAUAAAUAUGGAGAGAAUGGGUCAUCCAGAAAUUUAUCCUUUAGUAUUAACUACCCAGACCCAGGAAAUAUUUAACUGCCGAAUAGACGAAGAUAUCACAGAUGAACAACCUUAUAAACUUAUCAAAAAAGAAGAUAUUUUUGCAGACUUUCAGAACAGAGCUGCAGUAUCUGAUUUCUAUCCAGUCAAAAAAGUUAUCCAGGAAUAUCCUGGAGAUGAGCUUCUGGUUGUUUAUGACAAAGACUUCAAAUAUGGAGUUAACUUUUAUCUUAUUGGAACUGAAGAGGGCAAAAAAAACUAUUUAAACUCCCCAGAAGUACCAGAAGAACAGGAAGAAUAUAAAGAGCAUAUUCCAGAAGAUGUAUACAUUUAUAAGCCACCUAUCUCUAAACCAUGGGUUUCUUUGGGCAGUGAAAAAGAAAUUGCGGAAGAAUCGGUUAAGGAAUCUACAAAGCAGAUUACAUAUAUGAUUUCUCGAAAACGAAGUGAGUUUGGAGCGCCAAUUAAGUUCAGUGACCAAAAUGCUUCCAGUGUAAAAGAUGCCUAUAUUGAAUGUACAGCCUACCCAGAUAGACAUUUUGCCCUUAAGCAACUUGAGAAAGAUGUUGGCAUGCAAGUAGUCCCCAAAGUCAAGGACACAAGCACUCAAACAAGAUGGACAUAUCCCAAAAAUGCCAUUACACAAUAUUAUCCAAGAGAAUUAUCAGAGGAGGAGAAAGAGACAUUUGGACAAUCAAAGCCUUUGAGUGACUUUCUUAACAACACAUGUAUAAGUGUUGAAAUAGCCCUGCAGCAAAAUGAAAUCAUGAACACAUUUAUUGAUGAUUGGAAGUGCCUGGCAGAAGAAGAAAGCUCCUUUGGAGACAAAACCGAUACACACCUGAAAGAGUACCAGUCCUUUACGGACCUCCAUAACCUGACAGAGAAGAUGGUCACCUCCGUCUCGUGGCAUCCGACCAUCUAUGGCCUAAUAGCUGUGUCCGUGGCUGCACGACUCUCCCUUGAAGAGAGAGUCCACUUUUCUGGUAAACUGUUGCUGCAACCAUCACUGAUUCUUUUCUGGAGUUUCUCAGAUCCCAUACAUCCUCAGUUAAUGCUGGAGAGCCCAGAUGACAUCUUUUGCUUCAAGUUCUGUCCAAGUGACCCUAAUAUCAUUGCUGGAGGCUGCAUAAAUGGGCAGAUUGUCAUGUGGGAUAUUACUGCGCAUGCAGAUCGCAUAGAAAACAUCAAGACAGGUGGUAGUAGAAGUAAAAAAGUCACGCUCAAGCCUAUGUUUCUCCUUGAACCAGACAGUAAUAAAGAAGCAACAUAUAUCAGACAUUGUGCAGUUUCCUCAAUAGAAAAUGGUCAUAAGAAAGUAAUUACAGAUAUACAUUGGCUGUCUGACACAUUUGAGAUUAACAGAUCGGGUACUGUCUUUGAGAAUCGAAAUGGAAUAUGCUGUCAACUUGUCACAUGUUCAGCUGAUUGCACAAUAUGUUUUUGGGAUAUCAGACCACAGAAAGCUUUAACCCCACAAUUAAUAGAGAAAAAGAAAGAAGAACAUAUUGAAAUUCCUUUGGAUGUACCAUCUACUUUUUUGCAUCUCGAUCUCUCCUGGAAACCUCUCACUAAGAUAAGGCUGUCUAAAGGUGAAACAAGUUUAGACCACUGCCCAACCAAGAUCAGCUUGAGUGAAGACAAUCUCCUUUACAAAGCACAAGACAAAAUAUUAGCCCAGAGCAAAGCAGUGAAGGCAGGAGAGAUGAACCCAUACCACAAUCUGGAAGCUGGGUUGGCCAAUCAUCUCAAGCCAAUAGAAGACUUCUGCACAAAGUUCUUUGUGGGAACAGAGGAAGGUGGAGUGAUAUACACAGAUUGGAAAAUGGAAAGAGACCCUGAAACUGGCCGACUGAUGACAAAGAAGCCAGUGAGCCUCUACACUAUCCAUGAUGGAUCUGUCCACACUGUUCAGAGGUCACCUUUUUACAAGGACAUUAUCCUCACAAUUGGGGGAUGGAAUGUGGCCAUCUGGAAAGAAGGUGUUAUGACUGGACCCCUCCUUCAGUCAUCCUGUGCACCAAAAAGGUAUACUGCAGGCCACUGGUCCCUGACAAGGCCUGGAGUUUUCUAUAUUGGCCGAGAAGAUGGAUACGUUGACAUCUGGGACCUUCUGGAGAAAACUCAUGAGCCAGCCCUGUCACAAAACAUCUGCAUAACCAUGAUCACCUACAUCAAACCCUGGACCUUCUCUGCUAAGCAGCAAUUUAUAGCCAUAGCUGAUUAUUAUGGAACACUGCAUAUAUUGGAAAUUCCUUGGACAUUAAGUCACCCUUCCACCAAUGAGGUAUCAAGCAUGAAUUACUACUUCGAAAGAGAAGUCAAGCAUCUGGAAUAUGUAGAGGAACGGAAGAAAAUUCGUGAACAAGAAAGGAAGGAAAUGGAGCUGGAACUUGAGAAGACAAAAGUUAAAACGUAUCAGAAGUCAAAGGAACAUUUGGAGGCUGAAUUGAAAAUGGACUAUGAGAGUUACUUAGAACUGGAAAAGAACAUCCUCAUCAACCUUGGCUUCAUCAAAAUGAAAGAGACAAUGUCAUUCAUGGACUUGUAG